GAGACAGGGUCCUGUGUAAACUGUGGAUGCUUGACUGUUCUUAGGAAUGCCAUCAGAACAGUUGAUUCGUGGGAUGCUCUAUCUGUCUCUUACCGUGGUCGGAGUCCCAGGUAACAUUGCUGUCAUCCUUGCAUUCCUUCUACUGCUGCAUCAAGAGAACCGGCUCCUCCCAGCCGAUGCCAUCGUCCUGCAUCUGGCUUGUGCAAACCUGCUGGUGGUGGGUGUUCGCUGUCUGCUGGAAACCCUUGCUUCCUUCCAGCUGGCUGUAAUCUUUGACGACAUCAGCUGUAAAGCCAUCAUUUUUGUCUACAGAACCUCCCGCUCCCUCUCUAUCUGGCUCACCUUCGUCCUGAGUGCCUACCAGUGUCUGAGCAUUGCUCCUCCAGGAUCACGCUGGGCCUCCAUGCGUCACUUGGUGGACAAGUAUUUGGGUGUUGUGUUCUUUCUCCUCUGGCUUAUCAACACCUGCAUGAGCUCAGGUGCUAUACUCUUUUCCUCUGGCAGACUGAAUAACUCCACCAUGAUAAGCUAUGGCAUUAAUGUGCAAUUCUGUUACGUGAGCUUCCCCUCAAAGCUGUCCAAAGAGGCCAAUGGGGCGGCUCAGGUGGGCAGAGAUGUGGUGCCCAUGGCUCUUAUGGCCCUAGCCAGUCUGAUCAUCCUGGUCUUUCUCUACAAGCACAGCCGGCAGGUGAAAGGCCUCCGCAGCAGCAGUGGUGGUGGAGGUGGAGGAGGUGGAGGGGCAGAGAAACGAGCUGCUAAAGCUGUGGUAGCACUUGUGACCUUGUACGUGGUCCUCUAUGGGGUCGACAAUGGACUAUGGGUGUACACUCUCACUGUGAGAAAAACCAUGACCACCUCACUGAUCUCUGACCUGCGUAUAUUCUUCUCCUCACUCUAUGCAGCACUAAGCCCUGUGGUGAUCAUUGCAUCGAACAGAAAGGUGAACAGCAGACUGGGGUGUGCAGUGCAGGAGAAACACGUUGAAGAGAGAGUCACAGAUAUCUCUAUGAUGUGAGGCCUGCUGAUGACUCACAGGGGAAGCAAAGAUGAUGUGGGCUUAUCUUUGCUUGAGUCUGGGUCAUAUGACGGUCAUUCUGGGUUUUUUUAUGUACAGCAAAUUAUAUUUUGUGAUCACAGAUGCAGGAGAGACUGUGGUGUGGCUCAUAAUAAUGAUGUCUUUCUUCUUACGUUUAUUUAAACAUUUUCAUGAGAAUUAACACCUGUGGCUUUGGAUAAUGUGGUGUACCUGUAAGCUGGAGGCGAACCUGUUGUCCCAUUAAGGAGAAAACUGUCACCAAAACACUGUUAAUUAAUCCUCGAUCCUCUUAUCUGCACUAUCUUGCUUUGUUUUCUUUCUAUGUUGUGUCACCUUUACCUUAAUUGGGUGGAAGAAUUAUAGCUGUGCAACUCAGGACUCUGUCAAAUGAUUUCCAUCUCCCUGUUCAGCUAUAAUUAAGUAUUUGAGAAGUAUUGUGAAAAUGUUAGAGGUUAAUUGUCCCUUACAGAAUAUGUUAAAAGCUUAUAUGUAAAAACUAUAUUAACCCUUAGUGCUCACGCAGCACAGAUCUGUGCCUCAGAUGCACUUAUGGUAAUUUGCCGUGGAAAUAAUACACAACUCCUUAUAUGGACAUCCUGGGGAUGUAUUUAUAGGUCACUUAUUAUUUUUUCCGUCUUCUUAUGUGUUGUUGAGUCAAGU